AUGAUGGGUUACAUUACUGAUGUUUCUAAAUCUAGCCUCCUACUAGUUCUCACUUCUUUCAUUUGGGUUAACAGUGGUUCCGCUCAGUCAACCUACCCCAAUCCUUUUGCUCCCGCUCCCCCAGCAGCCUCAGCCCCAGCAGCGGGUUCAGCAGCCGGCGGAACAGGCGGCUACCCAAAUCCAUUUGCUCCUGUCCCUUCAGGCUGCCCAGUAUUGACUGACACCAAUGUUGCUGUCUGCCCAACGAGCGACAACAGUGUAUACUACACACCAGAUGGUACAUUCUUCAAGAUCCAAUGCGCCCAUCACCAUGGAACAGCGACUGUUCAAAUAACAACGGCAUCAUCCUUUCAAAUUUGCAUCGACAAGUGUAGCCAAGAGAACGCUUGUAAUAGUGUCAAUUACGUUCCUACAAGCCUUGGAUGUACUCUAUUAUCUUCAACAGGUGCUGCAACAGUUUCAGAAGCGUCCGCUGGUCAGAACUAUGCAUACAAGGUCAAUCCACCAACACAGUCCGCCAAAGAUGAGAACUUGGUGGCCUGUUCAACUUCCUGCCCCUCAGCAAAUGGCCAAAGUUACUCCUCUAUAUUUGGAGAAACCUUUAGAAUCAGCUGUGGCAAACGCCAUGGAACAGAAUAUCUCAGGAUAGAUAAGCAAGCGACGCUGAAAGAUUGCAUGGAUUCUUGCGCCUCUUAUAUCCCAUGUCACAGCGUUGACUAUCACGGUCGAUCCCGGACUUGUUACUAUUCCAACCACCAUGGUGAACCCACUAUUGUCACCCCUGGUUUCAGCAGCGCCUAUUCUCUAGGUUGCACUAGUUCAUGUUGUGGAAAUGCUGCAUCAAGUUCGAGAGGGUGCAGUGGCUAUAACUCAUGUUCGCCACCAUGUGUUCCCCCCAAGCCCUUGGGACCACCAAUGCCGGAUUCCUGCGGUAACCAGGGCCUCCAAUACGCAAUCUACAGCAAUACGAAAUCGGACGGGUCUACCAACCUAUUCACUGGAGCUGGCUAUCCAACAUUUAACACGGAGAAGUUUAAAACCGAUCCCUUGCAAUAUUCAGGCAUGACGCCGAGUAUAGGUUUUGGCUCGAGUACUCCCAUCUACGGCAACGCUCCUGCAGACCCAGGCUAUACAGUUGUUAACCACCGAGCCUACAUUUUUGCACAACAAAGCGGUGAUUACAUUUUCCGCCUCCCGUUCGUCGACGACAUUUCUCUCCUCUGGGUAGGUCCAGCAGCAUACUCAGGUUUUACACGAGCAAACGCGAAUAUUAUACAGUCGUUCGUUUCAGCCGUUCAGGUACCCGUCACAUACAGUGCAACGUUUGAGGAAGGAAAGUAUUAUCCAAUGAGAGUAAUAUGGGCGAAUGGAGGUGGAGCUGGUGGGCUUUCGUUCGAGUUGAAGGGACCUGAUGGGAAAGUCAUCAUAGGUGCCGACACGACAGAACCUUCACCAUUCUUGGUACAAUACUCUUGUGACGAGACAACUGCGCCGAGAUUUCCGCCCUUCGGGUCAGAGACUUGAAGCAAAAGUCGAAAAUAUGAGGGUUUGCAAUCCUGGGAACAAACUUUUCGGAUUGGGCGUACUAUUAUUGUCCGGUUCAUGGCUUCCUCAUCUGUUGCGUAUCACGUGAAAUAUCAUGUUUCACGGAGGAGCUGCAUUAAGUGUAUUCCUCUAAAAGGGUGUCCUACUAUUUACACCUACAAAGGCAAAGGUUACGGAGGGUCUCGGAACGGACAAUGUCACAAGGUCCA